CCUACACAUCCUAACAUGAUCUUCUUCCCUUCGCGGCCGCCCUUCCGAGCAGGGUCAUUGGCUGUUGCUAGCGGCUCCUCUCUCCGGAUUGGCUAAGUCGCGCUUGCCCCUCGCUUCGCCUUGGUUCUAGACUUGUUGUCUGGCUCCGAGGCUGAAAGUCUGAGGUGGGGGGGGGGAGAAGAGGAGGAGGAGAGACUGGCGCUGCUCCGGCGGGGGAGUAGGAGGAGAGUAUCAUUCAGUCACGCUUGGCUGUCUGGGCGGCGCUGCGGUCUCUCUCCCCCCCCCCUCCUACUCCCCUCCCCGGCUCAGCGGCGGUGCUAAUCGUAGUAGUAGCAGCACCGCUCCCGCCGCCCUCGUGGGUCGCGAGCGCCCUCCCUCGCUCUUGCCUGCUUGCACUCCCGCCGCCGCCGCCCUUCUCUCUGGGGAACGCGGCGGAGACGCUGGAGCGAGUCGCCGGCGGGCGCCCACGGAGGGAGCUGCCGAGCGAGAGAGGGGCGGGAAAGGCGAGAGGAAGGAAGGGGGAAGUGUGGAGAGGAGGAGCCGGGCGUGCGAAGGAGAGAUAGACCGAGGAGUGAGCGAGCGGAGGCGAGGGGGAAGAAAGAAAGGAAAGCGGGGAAAGCUCACGGGAGCGCUGCUUUUUUUCUCCCCCACCGCGUGCGGCGGCUCGGGCAGGAACAGCGACGGCGGCGCUAACGGGGGGCUGCGGCAGGCGCUGCUGCUGCUACGGCAUCCGGGGCCCGGCCUACGAAGCGGACGCAGAAGAAGCCGGAGGUGGAGGGGGGGGGGGAGUGUGAGAGAGAUCGGCCUCCCGCUUCCGAAGAACCAAGCCAGGCUGCUGCGCAGGCACUGCGGCCCCGUUGUUGCUCUUAGCCGCCGCUGCCGCCGCCGCCCCCUUGAGAGGGCAGGAAGUGACUCUAAAGCCGGGACUGGGCGGUGUGUGUGAAGCACCUGAAACCGCGUAUUUGUCAGAGCGGAAAGAGGGCGAAGACGCCCAGGACCCACCGAGACCUCCUUCCCCUCUUCGGAAAAGUGAAACGGCUGGGAAGGAAAGGGGAAAAAAAAAAAAAGACCUCCCCCCCUUCCCCUCCAGCCUCGCUUCUCUGUGGCCUCCUUUCGGUCGUGUCCCGCUGCCCUCGCCGAGGUUGGCCUUCUCCUCCUCGGCUUCUCUCCUCUCCUUUUUUUGUUUGUUUUUAAACUCGAGAAAAACUUGAUUUGGAUUUAAAGCAUCGCGGAGUGGCGAAAGGGACCCGCUUGUAGAUGGAGGAAACCUGGACGGCCGAAGUGUAAGAAUGUUGGUUUUGAAAGCUCAGGGAAGAAGCAACAGGGAGAAAAUCAUAAUCCAGUGUGCCUGAAAAUGACAACAAAACGGAACUUGUUUGUGCGAUUGGUCCCAUGCCGUUGCUUGCGUGGAGAAGAAGAAACUGUGACUGCACUUGAUUACUCGCACUGCAGCCUGGAGCAGGUUCCUAAGGAAAUUUUUACUUUUGAAAAGACAUUGGAAGAACUCUAUUUAGAUGCUAAUCAAAUUGAAGAGCUUCCAAAGCAACUUUUUAACUGUCAGUCUCUAUACAAGUUGAGUUUGCCGGACAAUGAUUUAACAACAUUGCCUGCAUCCAUUGCAAAUCUCAUUAACCUCAGGGAACUGGAUGUCAGCAAAAAUGGUAUACAGGAGUUUCCAGAAAAUAUCAAGAACUGUAAAGUUUUAGCAAUUGUUGAGGCCAGUGUAAAUCCUAUUUCAAAGCUUCCAGACGGAUUUUCACAGUUGUUAAACCUAACACAAUUAUAUCUGAAUGAUGCUUUUCUGGAAUUCUUACCAGCCAAUUUUGGCAGGUUAACUAAACUCCAGAUUUUAGAACUUCGAGAAAACCAGUUGAAAAUGUUGCCAAAAACCAUGAACAGACUGACUCAGUUGGAGAGGUUAGAUCUGGGAAGUAAUGAAUUCACAGAAGUGCCUGAAGUACUUGAACAAUUAAGUGGGUUAAAAGAAUUUUGGAUGGAUGAUAACAAACUAACACUUGUUCCAGGGUUUAUGGGCAGUUUGAAGCACUUGACCUACUUGGAUAUUUCCAAAAACAAUAUUGAAACUCUUGAAGAAGGUGUUUCAGGAUGUGAAAGUUUACAAGACCUGCUAUUAUCUAGUAAUUCACUUCAGCAGCUGCCAGAGUCCAUUGGUUGUCUAAAGAAAUUAACAGUUCUUAAAAUUGAUGAAAAUCAGUUAAUGUACUUGCCAGAUUCCAUAGGAGGGUUAACAUCAAUUGAAGAACUGGAUUGCAGCUUCAAUGAAAUUGAAACUUUGCCUUCUUCUAUUGGGCAGCUCUCUAACAUAAGGACUUUUGCUGCAGAUCAUAAUUUUUUAACACAAUUGCCACCAGAGAUUGGAAACUGGAAAUAUGUAACUGUUUUGUUUCUUCAUUCUAAUAAAUUGGAGGUUCUUCCGGAGGAAAUGGGUGAUAUGCAGAAAUUAAAAGUUAUAAAUUUAAGUGAUAAUAGAUUGAAGUAUUUGCCUUAUAGCAUUUUGCAACUGCAACAUUUGACUGCUUUGUGGUUAUCAGAUAAUCAGUCUAAGCCUCUCAUUCCACUUCAAAAAGAAGUUGAUCCAGAAACACAGGAAACUGUUGUUACUAAUUAUAUGUUCCCACAACAACCAAGAUCUGAAGAUGUUAUGUUCAUAUCUGAUAAUGAGAGUUUCAAUCCUUCACUGUGGGAGGAGCAAAGGAAGCAGCGUGCUCAGGUGGCUUUUGAAUGUGAUGAAGAUAAAGAUGAAAGAGAGGCACCGCCUAGAGAGGGUAAUUUGAAGAGAUAUCCAACACCUUACCCUGAUGAACUGAAGAAUAUGGUCAAAACUGUUCAAACAAUAGUACACAGAUUAAAAGAUGAAGAAAACACAGAAGAAACUAAUAAAGAAGCAAAGCAAGAAACCCAACAAGUUUCAGUAAAGGAUAUAGGAGUAAAGACUUCAGAAAUUACUCCAGUGAAAAACAAAAUGGAAAAUGAGCAGAAUGUUAUGGGAAACUGUGUGCAGAAACCUAAUGAAUCAGAUGAUGAUAACAGUACCAGAAACUCGCAGAUGAACAAUCAAGUUAAAAUCACAGAAAAUGUGAAGCCAAUUGUUAACCAUGAAGAUACUCUGGAGGAAUCAGAAGAACUAUCUUCUGAUGAGGAAAUGAAAAUAGCAGAAAUGAGACCUCCUCUCAUAGAAACUUCCAUUAACCAACCAAAAGUAGUAGCACUCGGCAAUAGCAAAAAAGAUGACAGUAAAGCAGUAGAUUCUUCAUCUGAUGAUCCUACCCAUAACAGCAAUCAAAAUAAUAGCAAUUGUUCCUCUCCUUCCCGAAUGUCGGAUUCAGAAUCUCUAAACACUGACAGUAGCCAAGAAGCAUCAUUGUGUUCUCCAGACAGAGAAAUUACCAUGACUGUCAAUACCAAAAUCAGGGAAGAAGAUGAAAAUUCUAACAGUCUUUUACAAAAUGGAGAAAUAAAUGUUCUUAUAGAAGAAAAAAUGAACUCUCCAGAUAAAAUCACAAAUCUAUCUGAAUUCAGUUUAAAUAUUGAGGAGAGAUUAACUUUAAUAGAGAAAGGUGUUGAACUAAACAAUGCUACUGAUGAGCCUCACAACAUGCAUCAGAUGAACAGGAAUAUCUGCAAAUUAGCUGAAGAGGGACUACAAUCUAAUGUAGUGAAUCAAAUAAAAUCAACAGAGAUGUCAAUUAAGGACUUGAUAAAUGACCAUAUGAAAGAAAAAAUUGAACAAUUGGAAAAAAAAUAUCCAAAUGUAUGCCCAGUAAAUAGUAUCAAUGGACAUUCUGAAGACAUGCCACACUCUGCAAGAAAGUCAGAGCUAAAGAGAAGUGCCACCAUUGAAACAGAUUCUUCUUCAGAAAUGUGUCUUUCAAAAAGCACUGAAGACUUGUCUCCACAAAGGAGCGGGCCAGUGGUGAAAUCCCAUAGCAUAACUAACAUGGAGACCGGUGCUCUAAAAGUCUGUGAUAUUAUAAAUGACAGUGGAUCCCAGCACCCCAAUCCAGCAAUAAAAUCAGCAGGUAUGGCUGCAGAUGGAAAAAAUAUAGUCCGAAGCAAGUCAGCUACUCUCUUAUACGAUCAGCCAUUACAAGUAUUUCCUGGAUGUUCAUCAUCCUCUGAUUUAAUGUCUACAAAAGCAGCAAUUAAAUUUGAUUUGAAUCAUAAUCCUGAAGAUACCAAUACAGUUAGAGGGCAAGGACCGAAUUCUUCACAACCAUUCACUACCCCUCAAUAUAAUAUACAAUACAGCAGCAGUAUUGUACCCAAAGAGUCUUUGUGGCUCCAGAAACAAAAUUCUGUAGCCGAACAAAGUUGUUUGUCUUCUCAGCGCUUACCAAGGCUGGAUAGUACCGAAACCUGCACUUCUGCAAAACAUUCGGCCAACAUGAAUUUCUCUAACCAUAAUAACGUUAGAGCUAGUGCUGCCUAUAAUAUGCAUCAAAGGAUGGGUGGUAGGCAUAUGGAAAUGUGGGCCGUUUCACCAAAUGACAGACAUCCUUCUAGUGCAACCCGAAAUACUCUCCAACGACAGAGUAGUGUGUCUUCUACUGCUUCAGUUAAUGUUGAUUCUGGAUCUUCACGCCGUCCUCUGGUUUCUGAGGGGGAUUAUUUAACAUAUAGGGAUUUGCAUUCAGCGGGAAGAGUCCCGCCAAAAUUGGCAGGGCAACAGAGACCUCUUUCUGCAAGAACACAUAGCAUUGAUGGACCAAAUGUAUCCCGACCUCAGAGUGCCCGUCCUUCAGCAAAUGAUAUACCAGAGAGAACUAUGUCAGUCAGUGACUUCAAUUACUCAAGGACUAGUCCGUCUAAAAGAACAAAUCCAAGAGUUAAUUCUGAAUACUCUCUGAUGGAUCCUACAGGAAAAAAUAAAGUUCCUCCUGACUGGAGGGAACAAGUACUACGGCACAUAGAGGCCAAAAAGUUAGAAAAGAGCAUGCUGUCACGGUCCUUUAAUUCCAAUUAUGCUCCAGUUAGCAACUUUUACUAUGGCAGCUCUAGGGAUCUGCAUGGCAGCCAGGGCAAUGUUGCUUUGAGUGUUGCAGAUGGAAGAAGUUCUGGUGUUCCAGUUCUUCGUCAUCCCCAAGCAGCUAAUCCAGUAGAGGAGGAUGUAUUCAUUUCUGGACAGCAGAAUUAUUCAACUGCCACACUUGGUCUGAAAGAGACUGUUCCAGAUGCCAUUAAAAAAGUUCCUGUGCAGAUACCUUUGAUGAAUGGCCAGAUGGGUCAUCCCUCAAGACCUCAGCCAAACUAUAGUCAAAUCCAUCAUGCUGGACCCCAAACAUCGGUGGCAAGACAUCCUUCCAGAGAGCAAUUGAUUGAUUAUCUGAUGCUUAAAGUUGCCCAUCCCUAUACUCAGCCUCCAGGUCCAACCAGACAAUGCCAUGAGAUUCGAGUAAGAAUUGAAAAAGAUCCAGAACUUGGAUUUAGUAUAUCAGGAGGAGUUGGGGGUAGAGGAAACCCCUUUAGACCAGAUGAUGAUGGUAUUUUUGUAACUAGAGUACAGCCUGAAGGACCUGCAUCCAAAUUAUUACAGCCAGGAGAUAAAAUUAUUCAGGCUAAUGGAUAUAGCUUCAUCAGUAUUGAUCAUGGGCAAGCAGUAUCUUUGCUAAAGACUUUUCAGAACACAGUGGAACUUACUAUUGUUCGAGAGCUUUCUUAAACACUGUGGAGAAAGAGGAAAUUCUGUGUAAUUUUUGAAGGACUUGUGGAAAACUUAAUAUUUUGACUAUUUUUGUAUGCAAAACUUUUAAAACUAUGUACAGUAAUAAAAUAAUGAAUUUGUGGUUAUGGGGAAAAACCACUGUAAAGAAUAUAAAUGAAGCAGUUAUGGAAAUGCAUAUGGUAAUUAGAGCUAAAUUGUUUUAAGACAGUGUAGCAAUCAAGGAUCACUCCUCCAAGAACCUGUGGUUAUUUAGUACAGAUGGUAAGUUUAUUUUGUGGAUAAUUCAUAUACAUUACAGAACUUUGUGUACAAGGAGCCUCCAUUGUAGCCAGUGGACAGAUGGCAGGGCUUUCUGUCCUAUAGCAGUUUUGUUGCCUUUAAUUUUUCAUUUAUUUUUAGAAUCUUUGCUGAAACCACUUCGGUAGAUAUUGGUAAGAAAUUUUAAAAGUUGGCUUUGCAAUGUGCGUAUUGUAUAGAUGAAUUGGUAGACUGAAAGUGGACUGAUUGGAUUAAAUUAAAAGGCCAGGUAAAAGUUUGAAAUUAAAAGAAAGGGAGAGGAACUUAAUGCAAGAAUCUAUAUGUACCAACUGAAAAAAUGCAAUAAAACAUGAAGGUUUUUUUUUAAAGGCAGAGUGAAUAAAUAUACUUCUGGAAGUUCUACAGGAUUGGUUCAUAUCAAAUCCAUUGCCUGUCAUAUUCUUAUGUGUAAUUUAGUUUUGAGUGUUUUUAAUCACACAUUUUUUAAAAAAAUAAUUAUGCUAUGGAGUUGUACUGAAAAGGUACUCUCAUUACAAAAAUUCCUGUUUUUAUAUGAAAGGAUGAUUUUCUUCUGCCUUGUAUAAAAUGCUCCAUAUUCAAAUUAUUUAUACAUUUUUGAAAAGAACCUGAAAUGGCCAGUUUUUGCUGUGUUGCCUGUAAUGUAUGAUGAUGAUGCAUAGACACAUUGAAUUUUAACACGUGCAUGUUCUGAAUAGAAAAGCUGUGGUCUUUUCAAGGAGGCUUAUGAUAAUGAGCCAUAUGAAGAUUGGGCUGUCCCAGAAUAAAUGAUUCAGAAAGAA